CAGGAGAAGAUGGUAGGAAUCGGGUUUGUGAUUAACCCAGGAAUGCGGGUAUUGAUCAGUGUGUUGUUUGCGUCUACGGUAUGGGGAUACCGACAUCUACAGGACGAGAUUCCUAAUGGAGGAGGGGUGCCACACCCGUGUAAGGCUAACUACAUAUGGGGAGGGGUCGGGCAUCUGGACCCCCACGGAGGAGGUGACAUAAAUCCGUUUGGUUUGGACUUUAAGAACGCUGGAAUGAAGUGGACAAAAUUCCUGUGUGAGAUGGACUCUGACAAAGAUGGAAAAACUAAUGGGGAAGAACUCGGAGACCCGGAUUGUGUAUGGACCAAAGGAAAUAUUCCAACGGUCACCAUUGACAUCAGUCACCCAGGUGUUUGCACCCCACACUCAGCUCCCGCCUGCCAAGCAGUCAACAACUGGAUCGACUGUCGGAUCGGAGAUCUGCAAUGUGAUGCGCUUAGCGAAGUUGGAAUGAAGAACAUCACGUUGAGAUUUCCUGAGACCGCCGUGCCCUCUGACGAGACAAACUACUUGUGUAUGUUUUUUGACCUACCGACAGACGGCGACUACCACUUUGUUGCCAUGGAACCAUACAUCGACAAUGUGAAUGUUAUGCAUCACAUGCUUCUAUAUGGCUGUGAAAAUCCAGACGCGGCUACUCAGGACAUGACCAAACCUAGGUCAUGUGGUAUGUCCAAAUCGACCCAGUGUAAGAAUCUCCUCGCUGGCUGGGGAAUCGGCUCCAGUGGAACUUGUUAUGGCAAGGAGGCGGCAGUGAGAAUAGGACAAAUCGGGAUCAGACAAGUCGUAUUGCAGAUUCACUGGAACAAUCCUGAGCUUCGCUCCGACUACACUGAUAGCUCCGGAAUGACGUUGUACUACACCAAAAAUCACCGGCCAAAUGACCUUAAAAUGUGGGAGAUCGGCUUAUCCCACUCUGAUAUUCCUCCUGGUGAAGCAGAAUUUGAAGUAGAAGCAUGGUGUAGAAGUGACUGUACCUCGCGAUACUUGUCUGGACCAGUCUACAUAACAAAAGCACUUAAUCACAUGCACUACCUCGGACGAAAAGAAAGGAUCCAGCAAUAUAGAGACGGGUUGCUGGUCAGGGAUAUAACAAACGAUGACUCAUAUGCCUACGAUAAGUUCGUUGAAUUUUCAUUGGAGACUCCUAUCGAAUUCAAGCCGGGAGAUGAAAUCAAGAUAACUUGUACUUACAGAACUGUUGGUAAAGACAGGACGACGUUUAUAGGAGGGGGAACUACAGACGAAAUGUGUUUAGGCUUUCUGUUUGUCUUCCCAGCUCAAAACCUACAUGGACAUUCGUGCUGGUCAGUGCAGGACAUAGAUUUGUGUAAAAUACAACACUUUUCAUCAGACUUCCCGUUGGUAAACGGCUGCAACAUUAAAAAAAAUGCCAAUCCACUUAACCCAGAAAACGUAGCCCUUUUUAAAAACCUCAAGAAACUUUGCAAACCCUUCGAUAUUUGUACACACGAAUGCAAACAAUAUGUAAAGGGUAUAUUAGAGAGUAACAAGUGUUUCCAGGGAAGCAUAUACGCCCUUUACCGGCAAAUAUCCAUAGAGAUUUCGUCACACUUUAUGGAAAUAUGGGCAGCCGUCGAUUCUUGUAAAACGGAGAUUGAACUGGAUUAUUGUCAGACACAGUGUGACUCAGGGAAGAACAGCGACAGGACCAUUGGGCGCGGAUAAAAUUACAGCCGACUGGACAGUGGGGGAUAUACUUUAAAUAGCAGAAUACUUACUCGUCUCCUCUUUCGACAACAAUACAAUUGCUAUGACAUAUUCCAGGGGUGCAGAGAGCGAAAGUGAGCAUAACCCCUGGAUAUCGAGGAUGUGCUGGACCAUGCUAUGCACAUUAUAUAUCUGUUCAGGUGGUUCAUUGAUAAAUUACUAAUCUUUGUGAGACUUGAACGGACAUUUUCCCCCUCUGCAAUAUUCUUAGAAGUGGUGUGUAUAUUUAUUGUGCUAAAAUCCUUGGAUUGCAUAAGGAAUAUAAACGUUUCAAGUUUUAUUACUGGGAGUAAAAACAACACGGGUUGCUGCUCAUUUUGAGUAUAAAUUAUUUUACCGGUGCAUUUUUUUGUCAAUUCCAAUCAUAUAUCUACAUACUGUAAAGAAAGGGGUGCGGUUGCGCCUACG